AUGAAGGAAGAAUCGGAGGGGGAUGGCGGAAGCAAUGAUGUCCCGACCUCCAGAGAUGCAGACAGCACUGUUUCGAACGGCAACACCAAUGGACCUGCAUCGGUGGUCUCAAGCCAGCCGCGAAGACUGCUUUCGGAUCGACCACCAUCCAUGGGGGUCACACUCGCCGCUUUGGGUGCCGAAGUGGCUAGCAGUGCUCUUGCUUGUACUACUAUUGCCGAGCAUGGUAAUUUACCAUUAGGCGGAACGACUUUAGCAAAUGCCCUUCGAGGAAUGGCCAUGGAUGUGAACCGACGUUCGAAUGGGAGCCCCAGCAACAAUGGAGAAUCUAUCAUAGGCGGUAUUCAUUCUACAAAUUCCAACAAUGGCGGAAAAAGUGGAAAAGGUGAUAACAUCGGACAGAAUAGAGACAAAGUGUUUGUAUGCAAUAUUUGUAACCGCUGUUUUGGUUACAAGCACGUUUUGCAGAAUCAUGAGCGUACUCAUACGGGAGAAAAGCCUUUCGAAUGCAAGGAAUGCCACAAGCGAUUCACGAGGGACCAUCAUCUCAAGACACAUAUGCGUUUGCAUACAGGGGAAAAGCCAUACCACUGCGAUCACUGUGAUCGGCAUUUCGUCCAAGUGGCCAACUUACGCAGGCACUUGCGAGUGCAUACGGGAGAACGACCAUAUGCAUGCACAAUAUGUAAUUCUCGAUUUUCUGAUAGUAAUCAACUUAAAGCUCACAUUCUCAUACAUGAAGGAAAGAAACCGUAUGAGUGCGAGAAGUGCAAUGGACGAUUCCGUCGGCGGCAUCAUUUAGUUCAUCACAAAUGUCCGAAAGAUGAAGCUAACAUUGGGAAACCUAGAAGAGGUCGCCGCCCUAAAGCAUACGAUCAGCUCCCAUCGAAUUUGCCUAUACUAUCACCAGUUCUUCAGGAGCGAUUAUCUACACCCAUUCCUGAACUUCCACCUCCCCCACUGCCAGUAACAAUAACGUCCGUUAUAACAAAAAAUAAUUCACCUCCUUUGCCUCCUUUGCAACUCCAACAACCACCUGUGGCUCACAUGCAACAGCCGAGGAGAAAUCACAUUCAAGCUCCUUAUCAUUUAAGUCUUGCCCAGAACUUAAAUGGUCGAUUUCAUGAUAUCGUACAGACGGGUCCUUUGGAUAUGACGGUGUCCUCUGCACCAAAUAAUUCUGUUUCAGUAAUAGUGCCUCGAAUACCUCAGCCAUCUGCUUAUCAUCCUAAUAGCUCCCCGAUGGAUGGAGUGCUGGACUUGUCCAACUCGCGGAGUGAUUCAGAGGCUGAACCCAUCGAGGAAGAAGUGGACGAAGAAGAUGAGUGCAUAGAUGAAGGAGUGGACUCAGAGUGCGAGGACGAGGAUCUUCAGCAUCUUCGUAUGAUCGAUGACCCCUGGCAAGGGCAUGGCUACCACCAGCAUCAUCAUCAUCAUCAUCUAGAUGAUGUUCAACAAGGAAAUGGUGAAACGUACGAAACGUACAAUAGCGAAGGAGAGAACAGUAACAUGGCGCUCCAGCUCACCACUUCCUAGAAGUAUAUCAUUUUCCGAGUUCAUUUGCUUCAAAUCAGGGAUUAAGUGUUCUUUAUUGACCGUCAUUCAAUAUUUUUAACAAGAAACUACCUCAGAAGGGUGGUGGGUUUUACAUCAGCAACUUCCAUGUGACCUGUCUGACAUUUGCAACCUCGGAAGCCAGGAUAUUAUGGGUUUGACACUGUUGGGUGUAACGCUUGUCCCAACGCACAAAAUUAUUUUCACCUUUUGUACAAUUGUCCAAAGCAUU